ACACAGCUCAACACAAAAUCAUCCAAAAUCUGAAAAAUAUAUAGCGAAAUUCCAAAUUUUCUGUAAAUGUACUGCUUAUAAAAGUACACAUUUUUUCGACUAAAAAAAAACUUGAAUUAUUUUUGGUAAAUGUUUUUCAUUGUGGUGUAUUUCAAGUAAUUUUUGAAUUUUGUUCUUUAAGAGUUAUUAGUGGUUAUGAGGAUAUUUGGUAAAAUGACCCGGUUUCUUCAGAUUUCUCGAUGUUUACGUUAUCACGCCCCAAUUUGCCGACCGCAUCGCUUGCUCCAUGGCAGUUGUAAGCAAUGGAAAAAGAUCUGCUCAAACUGCGCCAGCUGGCAGCCGCCAUUACUAAUGGAGAUUCGCCCACAUCUACCAAUGCGCAUCCAUGUGCAACUCUUCACCACAAGGACGACGAACGUGUUCACCUUUAACAACGCAUCUGACAUGCUGCGCAAGCGAAUCUGCUUCACUGGAACACAAAAUGAAGAAGCAGCCUCCCAAAUUGUACCGGUUGGCGUUAUUGUGCCAGAUAAAGCCGAAAGCAAUAUGAAAAUCGUUAUAGUGCCGCUGGACUUGGUGAAUCAGGAUAGCGAGAGCUUAAAGAACACGCUGACUGUCAUCAAUGAGCUGCGUAAACAUGCCAAUGAGAUAGACUUAUUUACUAACACCAUAAUCGAAGAUUAUCGCAAGGAUCAGUUGAAUAACCAGACUUCCGACAAUAACAAUAACAGCAAUAUAGUUGAAGAAAAGGCACCUGUUAUGGAGGAACUAGAACAGAUUGCUAAAGCGGAUGACAUUCAUCUAUGGGACACAUACACUACCAAGGAAGUGGAUGUCGUGGCCUCCUCUGCACCCGAGAUAAGCGCACCCGAACUGGAAUUGCAGGCCGCAGUAGCAUCGCUGGCCACCGAUUUAGCUGCCUCUACCCAAGCAGAUGUGGCGCCCAUGACCCCCUCGCCAUUCACACCAAGCUUGCCAAACGCACCGCCGACGCUUCCAAUUAAUCCGAACACAGUGCCCAUCACAACGCCACAGACGCAGCCCGGUGCCAUGCCCUUGGCUGAUCCAAUUGAAACACAAAUUUCAGCCCAACCGCAAAACGAGGACGUACCACCAGUGGCUGAGAUUGAGCAGAUAACCAUAGAUGUCCCCCAACAGCUGGGCGAACAUUUGGCUGAUAUGGCCAUUGCGUCGAUGCAGCUGUCAUUCGAGAUGAAUAUGACGAAUGUGCGGGAUGCAAUCCUCUAUGGCGAUGAAUUAAUCAUGAAGGACGGUCCAAAGUUGGACAGCGAACCGAUGGUUUUCUUGGAAACCAAUGUCAAGGUGGACCCUGCGAAUGAACCACAAUUUACAGUUCCCCUUCACUUCAAUGCCUUGAUUAAGGGUACUGUCGAUAUCGAUGCCGAUCGCCUCAAUCCCGAACAAUUGACACAAGAGAACCUACCCAAUUACAACGACGCAGUUACCUCGAUAGCUGCCAACAUUUGCAGCACUGCCCUGCAACAAGGCUUUGCCUCAGAGCUGACUUCAAAGCCCACUGCCCAAGCUAAUCAUGAUUCUCACAAAUCACACGCUCAAGCCCGCAUGGCAUUGAAGCGUCAUCAGGCCCAGAAGCACAUGAAAAUGGAUCACAAACGUCCGAAAGUCGAGUACAACAGUCCUAAAGCAGCUUUGCCCAACACUCUUCCCCAGGAAAGCUUAGCGGCAGCUGUACCAAUGCCAUUAAGUCCAUCUCUAAAAGACGGAUGCAAGCACCCGAUUAUUAAAAAAAAGAAGAAGUGCCCCAAGCCAUGCAAACUACCAGACCCCUGUAAAGAAGACAAGUGUAAUCGUCCGCAAAAGCACCAAAAAUCAAAGAGUGAAGAUAAAGUUGAAAUAACGGCUAGUGCUGGUAAGAAGGGUGGUAAGGAUCCUUGUGCCAAGGGUAGCGGCAGUAAGGGAAAGGAUGCCAAAAGCGGCAAGGAUGGCAAGGGUGGUAAGGACGGCAAGAAGGAUCCUUGCGCCAAGUUUAAAAAGGGAAAGGAUGGGAAGAGUGGAAAAGAUGGUAAAAAAGAUCCCUGCGCCAAGGGCGGCAAGGACGCUAAAAGUGGCAAGAAAGGAGAAAAAGGAAAAGAUGGCAAGGACAAAAAGGAUCCUUGUGCUAAGUUCAAAAAAGCCAAGAGCGGCAAAGACGCUAAAGGAGGAAAAGAUGGCAAGGAUAAGAAAGAUCCUUGUGCCAAGCUUAAGAAAACUAAAGGCGGCAAGGACGCAAAGAGUGGUAAGGAUGGAAAAGACGGUAAGGACAAGAAGGAUCCUUGCGCCAAGUUUAAGAAAGGAAAAGGUGGUAAAGACGCAAAGAGUAAAAAAGGAGGCAAAGACGGCAAGGAUAAAAAGGAUCCUUGUGCCAAGUUCAAGAAAGGAAAGGACGGUAAGGACGCAAAGAGUAAAAAGGGAGGAAAGGGUGGAAAAGACGGCAAGGAUAAGAAAGACCCUUGUGCCAAGUUCAAGAAAGGAAAAGAUGGUAAGGACGCAAAGAGUAAAAAGGGAGGCAAGGACGGUAAGGAUAAAAAGGAUCCUUGUGCCAAGUUCAAGAAAGGAAAGGACGGUAAGGACGCAAAGAGUAAAAAGGGAGGAAAAGACGGAAAGGACAAGAAAGAUCCCUGUGCCAAGUUCAAGAAAGGAAAGGGCGGUAAGGACGCAAAGAGUAAAAAGGGUGGAAAAGACGGAAAGGACAAGAAAGAUCCCUGUGCCAAGUUCAAAAAAGGAAAGGGCGGUAAGGACGCAAAGAGUAAAAAGGGAGGAAAAGACGGGAAGGACAAGAAAGAUCCCUGUGCCAAGUUCAAGAAAGGAAAGGGCGGUAAGGACGCAAAGAGUAAAAAGGAUCCCUGCAAGAAAAAGUUUUCCACUUGCACAAGUCCUUUAUCACAGUUGAAUCAGUCGAAGUCCUUGUGGCAUCCGAAACGCAGAUUAUCCACAUCUCGUCGAGCCCAAAGCUUAAAGCCUGCACAUUUCACUGUGUACUCGACUCUUGUGCGCCGUCAUUAUGCAGGCUUGCAGAUGAGUGCAUGGUUGCCUCGUACUCAAUUUAAUCGGACGUAUGGAAAAAAAGAUGAGGGUCAAAAAUCAAAAUGUGCUGCUCUUCAAAGCAAACAACCAAAACGUAAGCAUAAAAAGGCACGAACUGGUCUUCGGACAGAUUGUUAUGGACAGCAUUCAGAUGAGUGUCCAAAAAAGUUUGUAGCGAAAUGCUCUACCGUAAAAUUCCCCAAAAAGAAAUGUGAAAAACCAAAGAGUAAACCUCCAAUGGCCAAAAUGCAGAAGCCCAAGAAGAAACUUCCUAACGUAUGUAAGCAUGCAAAUCCUCGUCAAGAAAGAAAUAAGCUCUUAAAAUCGGGCUUAUGUAGUUUAAACCAGAUGCGUAUGCAAAGUUAUUCGUUACUUAGCAUAAAACGGUUUGUCUCUCAAGCGGCCACAGAAAAUUGCAUGCCCCAAGAAGAAGAAGCUUCCUCCGGAUCUGUUGAGGUCGUCAAAAUUCCAGUGUCAUACCACAUACGCAAAGAGCACAAAGAACGUCCGAAUCUCAAGAAAUAUGAUGUUCUAAUCCGUACCGCCUCGAUUGCUUUAACCGGCUCAGAUAUUCAUGUCUAUGAGAACGCGAACCGUGAUAUAGAAGGCAUAACAUUGGGACACGAUGCCACUGGUUUUGUAGAAGAAAUCGGUAGUUGUGUGCAAAAUCUGCAUGUGGGCGAUCGUGUAGUCAUGGAGGCGGCGCUGUCAUGCGGUAUUUGUGAUUAUUGUAAGAAUGGUCAAUACAACAUUUGCACGGAUUUGGUUUACAAUGGCUUUAUGGCCAGUCAUCAAUCGCAUCCCGCCGAUCUGUGCCACCGCUUACCAAACUCCAUCAGCAUGGAGGAGGGCACACUCACCCAAACUCUGGCCAUGGGGUGUCAGGCGUGCUUCAAGGCAAACAUAACACCCACCAGCAAUGUACUGAUCAUUGGCUCAACUCCCACUGGGGUGUCGACAGCAAUGUGUGCUGCCGCAAUUGGUGCUAAGAGGGUGAUAGUUGCUGGGACAAUGGCCUCUGCGCUACAAACAAUUAAUCGGGUAUUUGGCUUCGCUACGAUACACUUCGAGCCGAACGCUUUGUUUGGCGAGGUUCUCGAGACAAUAUACAAAAAUUUCGACGGUUGGCCGAACUGUGCCAUCAACUGCGCCGUGGCUCCUAUGACUAUGAAUCUGGCUGUAAUGGCGUUGCAGCCAUGCGGCGUGUGUGUGCUCUCUGAAUGUGAGUGUGAGUGUGCCAGUUUCAAUGCACUUGAUGUUCUUAUGAAAAACAUACGAAUUAUUCCAAGCUUUCGAUCCGCCAACAUGUAUCCAACGGCAUUAACGCUUAUGAAAUCUGGACGCGCGCCGAUGCACAAAUUCAUUGCCAAAACAUUUACAUGGAGCGAACUCGAUGAGGCCUUCAAAUCGGCACUGCACGAGUCCAAUAUUGGUCCCCGCAAAAUUAUCGUCAACAGCACGGAGGGAAUUAACAUUGGGGACUUGUUAAAAAAAAAAUUAAAUUCGAAUGUAGCUGAUAAUAAAGUGGCCUGUGAUAAAUAAAAGCAUUAAAAAAAUUAAU